AUGACCAUCGCCUACAUCCCCUCCUCCUCUCCCACCAUACGCCCAGCCAAACACCCCAAACUCACCCACACCACCAUGUCUUCCUCCACCUCCACCUCCGCGCUCCGCCUCCUGGUCCAGCGCAACCCAGCCCAUCCACUCGCCAAACUCCCCACCCGAGGCUCCACCCACGCUGCAGGGUACGACCUCUACUCUGCCGAAAAGGUCGUCCUCCCCUCGCGAGGUGGUCGCAAAGUCAUCCAGACCGGAAUCCACCUCGCCAUCCCCACCGGCCACUACGGUCGCGUCGCUCCGCGAUCCGGCCUCGCCAGCAAACACGGAAUCGACACCGGCGCAGGUGUCAUCGACGAAGACUACAGAGGACUGCUCGGCGUGCUGCUGUUCAACUUUGGAGAUGAGGAUUUCACCGUCAACGAGGGCGAUAGGAUCGCACAGCUCAUCAUCGAGAAAAUCUCGACACCGGACGUAGUGGAAGUCGACAGCCUCGACGAAACUCUCAGGGGUGCUGGAGGCUUCGGAUCCACCGGUGGCUUUAGUGCGCCGGCUCCCGCAAAGGACGCUGCUGCCGCAGCUGUCGCCGCUGAUCUGCCUGCAGAGGUCAACGCUAGCUCGUCCUGA